AUGAAGUUAAGGGCGGCAGCUGGCAGUCACCAUCAGCACUCAGAGGAGGCCAGCUCCGGGCGGAUGCUCACCCGCCCACCGGCAGAGCCCCCAACACAGGUGCCUUGGUGUUCCCUUCUCAUUGGCUAUUGCCCGGUACCUCGGGCGCUCAUUGGCCGGCUCGGACUCAGGCUUCUUUUAUUAGCGACCCGCAGCGCAGGUCCACAGGCUGGUCCCGCUGAUCACGGUGGCGCUCGAGAAUUCCAUGUGAUCUUUACCCUCUACUUUAUACAGGAGAAUCAUGUGAAUCUGUUACAUAUCGAGUCCCGGAAAUCAAAGAGAAGAAAUUCUGAAUUUGAGAUUUUUGUUGACUGCGAUAUCAACAGAGAACAAUUGAAUGACAUUUUUCACCUGCUGAAGUCUCAUACUAACGUUCUCUCUGUGAAUCCGCCAGAUAAUUUUACUUUGAAGGAAGAUGGUAUGGAAACAAUUCCUUGGUUUCCAAAGAAGCUUUCUGACCUGGACUUCUGUGCCAACAGAGUUCUGAUGUAUGGAUCUGAACUAGAUGCUGACCACCCUGGCUUCAAAGACAAUGUCUACCGUAAAAGACGGAAGUAUUUUGCAGAAUUGGCUAUGAACUACAAACAUGGGGACCCAAUUCCUAAGGUUGAAUUCACUGAAGAAGAGAUCAAGACCUGGGGGACCGUCUUCCGAGAGCUCAACAAACUCUACCCCACCCAUGCUUGCAGAGAAUAUCUCAAAAACUUACCAUUGCUUUCUAAAUAUUGUGGAUAUCGGGAAGAUAAUAUACCACAAUUGGAAGAUGUCUCAAACUUUCUAAAAGUGUUGGAGAAUCACUCUAAACUCAUCAUGAUCGAAGACAAUAAGGAGAACAAAGACCAUUUGUUAGAAAGGGGAAGAGCAACUCUUAUUUUUUCCUUAAAGAAUGAAGUUGGGGGACUUAUAAAAGCACUGAAAGUCUUCCAGAAACACUUUUUGGAAGACUUUCUUUUGGUCUUCAGAGAAUUUACCAAAACAAUUAAGCGUACAUUUGGAGUGAAGUAUAAUCCAUAUACGCAGAGUAUUCAGAUCCUGAAAGACACCAAGAGCAUAACCAGCGCCAUGAACGACCUGCGGCAUGAUCUCGACAUUGUCAGUGAUGCCCUUGCUAAGGUUAGCAGGCAGUCAAGUAUGUGACAAUCAUAGUCUUAAUCCACAAAGCCAUCUAGCAUCAGCUCAGAGCUCAGGGACAACUGAAGACCUGACUGGAGUGACAACUGCUUCUGGCUAAGCAACGCUUUCUAAUCCCACCCAUGUCUGCAUGAACACACCAGUUUUUAUUUUGUCUAUUCUUUACUGAGGUAUAAAAUUCAUAUAUCAUGCAAUUUACUAAUUGCCCAUUUUAAUAGAGAAUUUGUUUGACUCAGUGAUAGAUAUACUUUUACUCCAUUUAUCCUUGUUUUUCUUGAGUAAAAUGACCUUUCUGAUCACUUGAUCAUUGUUGCAGAGCUAACCCAUAAUUAUUACCUAUGUCUGUUACAUCAUUGAAUUUGUGCUGAGCCCAACUGCAGUCACACAUAUAAAUUUAAUAGGAGACAAGCUGCCCUUGAUGCUAAGAUGAGCAAAAUUACAGAAAUUUUCACAUAUGAGCAUGCCUAGUAAAGAACAUAUAGAUAGUCUAGUUUCAAGUCUAGUCUUAUAGAAAUAGAUAAAUGGAAGUGGAGCUGUGGCUCAAAGGAUAGAGUGCUAGUGUUGAGCAAAAGAGCUCAGGGAUAGUGACUUGGCCGAGUUUAAGUCCUAUAACUAACAAAAGCCUGAAAUAGCUAAAUAUCAGCUUGAUGUGGUGGCACAUGCCUAUAAUCCCAGCAUUCAGGAAUGAGAGGCAGGAGGAUUCAGUGUUUGACUCUGUUUUUUUUAAAAAAAAAAGUGGCUAAGUCUGGAAGGGUUGAUUGUAGAAUAAGUCUUAAAAAACAAAAAAUAUCAUGUUUUUUGUUUUUUGGUCUGGUCGUGGGGCC